AUGACGGGCAACGGAUACCCCGGCAAGACUGAUAUUUACCAGACGCUCCUUUUUGGUCGGUCAAAGCUUCAGGAUCAACUCAUUACUGUUGUGCUACAAAACGUUCCUACUUCGAAUGGGACGUGGCUGGAUAUUGAUCACGUAGUCAUCACCUAUGAGAGAGACAUAGAUAAUUUUGAACCUGUAGAGGUUGAUAAUAAAAACUUCACCUACUCUGCCCAAUGGGGUGCCGAAACCAUGUCGGGCUACCGCACAUCUAUAGCCUAUGUUACGCGCACUGAAGGAGCAACAGCAACACUUGAGUUCCAAGGCUCAGAGAUAACUAUAUACGGGGGGACAGGACCAGGUUUUGGGAUGUUCCGAGUUCAAGUGGAUGAUCAAGCGGCCUUGACGUUGAACGCAACCAGGGAGAAAGACCACCCUCCAACAAUUCUAUAUGCAACCAAUGGACUGUCUAUAGGACAACAUAAUGUAACUUUGACAAACUUGGAGGAUAGUAAGGCUUUGGCAAUUGAUUAUGCGACGUAUAUAUCUCACACCAGCUCCCGCAGUAACCCGCAUGUUUUGAGCCCUGGUGUCAUUGGUGGAAUAGUUGCGGGUAUUCUGACAGUGCUCUGCAUAUUUGCAUUGGGAUGGUGCCUACUCCAAAGAGGUAAAUAUCGUUACCGGGGCACAUUCCCUAUAUCAGGGUCAGAAAACACACCAAUUGGCUACCAUUCAAGCAACAGCAACCCUAUCACCACGUUUACAGGAGCACACAACCAGCCUCCUCUUGGUUACGUCCAACGUCAGCCUGUGUUUGUUCCAAACGUACGCAGGGCCCUUGUUUCAAGGAAAUCUGGGGCUAGAGUGGGACCGGUUCGGCCACCAUCAAAUACAGUAUUGGGAUCUGAGACGCAGUCCAGCUAUGAAUCCCACAGCAAUACUUAUGUUACAAUGGAUCAAAAUGACAGGCAUUCCAUUCACGAGACAGAUGCAGGAACACUUCCACCCAUGUAUGAUCAGAAACAGGUGUUCAUGACUCGACCAGCUGCAAAAAACGGCUGA